UUUCAAUUUUUCAGGCACCUGUUUGUUUUCUUUCAACGCAGCUACUGAAAAAUUCCAGAGCAAAAUCAAUUCGUGAGAAUGAGGGAAGAGGUAAUCAGCUCAGCUGGAACUGUCGAUCCAACUCCGGCCGCCAGUUCUGCUGGAGCUUCAUCACCUGCUGUUCCAACAAAUAUUGGAAGUGUUGAUGGAUCGAUUCGUGGACUUGGUUCAAAAGCUGCGUCUUUAUCUUGUGUUGGUUCACAACCACCUCAGCCUUCCUUGAGCACUGGUGUUGGUGGUUCUGCUUUCGGCAUGUCGAGAUACUCUUGCAGACCAUGGGAAAGGGGGGAUUUGCUAAGGCGUUUGGCUACCUUUAAGCCUGGAAAUUGGUUUGGAAAACCUAAGGUAGUCAAUUCACUUGCAUGUGCACAGAGAGGUUGGAUGAACGUCGAUGUUGAUAAAAUUGAAUGUGAAUCUUGUGGUAACAGUUUGAGCUUUGAAUUACUACAGUCAUGGACAUCUGCAGAAGUUCAACUUGCUGAGUUUACAAAGCAGCUGGAUUCUGGGCACAAAGUCUCUUGUCCUUGGAGAGGAAAUAGCUGCCCUGAAAGUUUGGUGCAGUUCCCUCCAACACCCCAGUCUGCUUUAGUUGGAGGAUUUAAGGAUAGAUGUGAUGGACUUCUGCAGUUUCAAUCUUUGCCUUCUGUAGCUGCUUCUGCAAUUGAACAAAUGCGUAUUUGUCGGAGUGCACAGCUUGAUCGCUUUUUGGCACAAUCCCCGAAUUUCACCAUGGGUGAAGUAGGUGUAAAACUGGAGGGUACACGUGAACUUCUUGAAAGCUCUCAAGAUAGAGCAUUCUAUUUGUAUUCUCAAGCACAGAAAAUUAUUAGCCUUUGUGGAUGGGAACCAAGAUGGCACUUAGAUGUUCAAGACUGUGAAGAGCAUUCUGCACAAUCAGCUCGAAAUGGAUGUUCUUUUGGUCCUACUGAGGCUCAGUUGCAUCUUUCGCAUGAUGCAUCUCGAAGCAAGAAAGCACUCUCUACUUCCGUUAAAAAGGACACUGGAAAGGGUAAAUUGGUGGUUGAAGACCCUAGAAGUGAAUUUAGAUCACCUAUACUAGAUUGUAGCAUAUGUGGUGCUACAGUUAGGAUAUUGGACUUCCUAACGAUUUCUCGACCGGCUCAUUUUGCCCCUAACAACAUUGACAUUCCUUCUUCAAGUAAGAAAAUGGGACUGACUCGUGGAGUAAGUGCAGCUAGUGGAAUUAAUGGAUGGGUGACUGCCGAUGAUGCUGAUAAAGAACGUAUUGAAGAUCGUGAUGAAGUAGCAACAACAAAUGAGGCACGCUUACUACCGAACACGGAUGUUGAUUUGAAUCUGACAAUGGCAGGGGGCUUAAAUGUUUCUCAAUCAGAAAAGAAUACAACCAAUGAACAUAUUCUGAACGGGGAUUUGGGAAGGGAUCUAAUGAUUGGGCAACCAUCAGGCAGUGAGGUUGGUGAUCGUGCUGCUUCAUAUGAAUCACGAGGUCCUAGCUCCCGCAAACGCAGUUUGGAUAAAGAUGGGAGUUCAGAUGACAGGGCACUAGUAAGGAUGCAUCAAGCCGAUAGUGUUGAAGGAACUGUUAUAGACCGUGACGGUGAUGAAGUUACAGACGAUAGACAAUAUUCAGCUGGCCCUUCAAAACGUACUCGCGAUUCUGAAUUUUUUGACUCUUUUUGUUCGUAUCAAAGAGAUUCAGCAGGUGCUGGUCCAAGUCAUUCCAUGGGUUUAGACCUUUGCAUGGAUGGGGAAAAAUUUAAUUCAUUUCAGCAAGGAGGUGAUCAAUGUACUGGAAUUCAAUCAGCUAGGGAUUCGACCCGUGCAUCAUCUGUCAUUGCAAUGGACACAUUGUGUCAUAAUGAUGGUGAGGACUCUAUGGAAAGUGUUGAGAAUUAUCCUGGGGAUGUCGAUGAUGUUCAUUUCCCCUCUUCCAGUACACAUGGGAAUUUAGACAAUAAUGAAACUUCAGAAUUGAUACAUAGCAAUCAAGCUCAGCAGAGCGUUUUUCUUCGACCGGCUUCUGAAGUUCCUGGUGAAAUGGGUGUGAGUAGUACAAAUAACGGUGAAGAAAUAUUCAAUGCUGAUACCAUCACUACUCAGGCAAGGGAUGUGUUUAGUUUUGGAAUAAGUGGUGGAAGUGUUGGAAUGUGUGCAAGUCAUGAGGCUGAAAUUCAUGGGGCUGAUGCAUCGGUUCAUAGGACUGAUAGUGUUGUUGGUGAUGUUGAACCCAGAAUAGAAGAUGCCGAGAAUCAGGGACAAACUGGUGAGUCUGCCCCUGAUCCUGGACUAAUGGAUGAGAUUGUGCCUGAGGACAUCAUCAGGGAAGACCCUCAUGGUGAUAGCCAAGAGAUGUUUUCUCGGCCAGUAGAAAGAGCUGAUAGUGGAUCAAAAAUCGAUGGCUCUGCUAAAGAUGAUUCUGUUGAAAGUGGUGGAAAGACAAGUCAGAGUUGCAAAACAAUCCUAGUGAAUAGCAGUCACAAUGCUGAUACACGACCAACUCAUGGACAAAAUAAGAUCGACGAUCCAAAUGCAGAGCCACAAAAAGGGGAAAGCAGUUAUGAAAUAGAGUUUGAUCCGAUUGUCCAUCACAAUCAAUUUUGCCCCUGGGUAAAUGGAAAUGUUGCUGCUGCUGGCAGUACGAGUAGUGGCUCCAAUGCCGACGCAGUUGCUCUUAGUGGCUGGAAGCUGACGUUAGAUGCACUCAAUGCUCUGCAAUCCCUCGAGCGUACAGGAGUUCAGACGUUGCAAUCUGAGUCAGCAGCAUCUCUUUACAAGGACGAUCAUCGUGGUAAAAAACUGCUGCGACAACACUCAGCCAGCAGAAGCCAGGGAAACCUUGAGACAUGAGCUCCGAAAUGAAAGUAUUCACAAACUCACAUACUGUCAUCUCUUAACUAUAAGAAAUAUCUGCUGAAUAUCAUAUUUCUUGUCAGCACUCUGCUAGUUUGUUGCUGAUGAAUGGACAUCUAGUUUUAGGAAACACAGUCUCGAGCUUAAGCGAGAAAGGAAACCAGGCAAUGCGGGGCGGCAUGAUUCUGACUUAGCCUUCUUCAUUUCUUUUUCCAGAGCCAAGUAAAACCGACUCGAGUUAUAAUUUUUCCAGUGCUGGUUUUGCUCGUGUUCCAUUUGGAGAACACUCGAGUAACUUCAUAACUUUUUAUGUUUCUUGUUGCAGAAUGAUUGGUUUUGCAGUGUUUUUUUUAGUUAUAGCAUCUCUCUGUUUAUGUCUGUUGUAAUUGUAAACGCUUUUCACUGUCUUCGUGAAGGUGAUUAUCCCGAGUCGAUAUCACGGAUUUAUAUUUCAAAUAAUUGUAGUCUUGAAAACAUACUGGAACUGUUGUAGCUUACAGAUAUGUAUUAGAAGUAGAUUUAUCACUGCUC